CAAUGGACCAUCUCAAAGCAACGAUGGCAAACUACGAAUCAAGACUCAGAGCACCGCCAACGAGGAGGUGAAUCAGGCUAUCAUCAUCAGUGGGAAGCAAGAACUUGCCCCGACACGAAUGAGCACCGGCUCCGUUCCUUGUCGUUUAGUUCUUGAUCCAGACCAUGAAAGUGUUGGAGUCCCGUGAAGCCUUUUCAAGAGAGGGAAAGAAGAGGAAGGGCGUGCCAGUGCCACAGGGUAAGGCGCCUACGCGCUUGCUUCGCCACGUGUGCUCCGAUCACUUUCCAAAGAACGCGAACCGAUUUUUUGCUAGACACGACUUCCUGCUUCAGUCCAAGCCUCGCAAUGAGAUGGUUGCUUUAAUCUCGCCAGAUCUCCAUGAGGAUGACCUCCAGCUUCCUCCUCGCAAACGUACCCGUAUAGAUGAUUCCCCAACUUCAUCAAAAACCGCCUCUCCCCGAAUAUUCGCGCCGUUCCGUGCUCUUGGACUUGUCACGAACCAUAUACCAUUCGUGCUGCAAACCCGUUCUUUCAAAGGGUCUACUGAAGGUCCACGGAUACACCUUCUGACAUGCUUAGGCAGGUCAUGGGCUAUGUGGGAGGGCGGAAAAAUGACUCUGCUAUUUGUCGUUUACAGGCCCUGAUGAAGCUGAGCAAAUUUCGUUUAUGGCCGUCGACGGGAACAAUGUUUGGGCGGCUGCUGGACCGGAUGUUGUGAAAUACAUUCGAGGGAAGGAGAUUGCAAGACUGAAGAAUCCUCUUGGGUCGCAUCUAUCCUUUAUCCUCGUAUUUGGUUCACAGUUAUUAGCAUUGACUGAGGAUGGAAACAGAAUGUUCGUGUGGGAUACCGGCAGUGAAGAGCUACAAGCCACGAUUACUUUCGAGGCCGGUUUUACCGCAACCUCUAUUCUCCAUCCAGCGACCUACCUUAACAAGGUACUGGUCGCAAGUAGUGAAGGUGCCCUUCAACUGUGGAACAUUCGAAAACAGACGCGGAUUCAUGUAUUCUCACCAUCAUCGCUUCUCACCCUUCCUGCCAACCAACAAAACAUACCCGCACCUGCCAUCACUGCCCUCUCACAAUCACCUGCGAUCGACGUUGUUGGAAUAGGCUUUGCUUCCGGCGAAAUCUCCGUUUACGACGUCCGAAUGGACGAGCGGUUGAUGAGAAUGUCAAUGCAAGACGGAGCUAUUAGAGCGUUGAGCUUCCGAACAGACAAUCACGCCGUACUGGCAUCUGGUUCGUCUACAGGGCAUAUAGCGUUGUGGGAUCUUAACAAUGGUGGCCGCUUACUUCACAUCAUCCGCGGUGCCCAUGAUGGCGCUGUCACUGCCGUUGAGUGGGUACCGGGACAGCCACUCUUAAUUAGCUCAGGAGAAGACAAUAGUGUUAAGCAAUGGGUGUUUGACUCACCUACAGCAGCUCCUCGGCUUCUAAAAUUCCGCUCUGGUCACCAUGCACCACCACAUCUGAUUCGUUACUACGGUGAUGAUGGAAAGCAGUUGCUUACCGCGUCAAGAGACCGAAGUCUACGAUGUACAAGUGUUGUUCGAGAUUCAAGAAGUUUCGAGCUAAGUCAAGGCUCCUUAGCCAAAAAGGCGACAAGCCUGUCCAUCCCUAUCGCAUCCCUCAAACUUCCCCCAAUUACCGCCCUAUCCUAUUCCUCUACACGGUCAAAAGACUGGGAUGACAUUCUCACUGCACACACGGACGAAGGAUUCGCCCGAACUUGGUCCAUGAAAGACAAAAAGCUAGGAAAGCAUAACUUCAGUGUUGCCCCGGAAAGCAAGAAGGCUCCUGCGACAGGUGCUGCGAAGGCUGUUUGGGUGACGGCGUGUGGGAACUUCGGCCUCGUCUCGUCCUCCACAGGCGUCAUCUACAUGUAUAACAUGCAAUCCGGUGCUCGGAGAAAAUCUUUCGAGUUGGGACCAUACCCUUCUGAUGCUUCCAACCAGGCGCAAUCUGCAGGGAGCUCAAGAAAGAAGUCAGAACGUUGUGUCACAGGUCUGGCUAGCGAUGCCCUUGAUCGGGUUGUUAUUGCUGGUACGUUGGAUGGGACCGUUAACUUCUUUGAUUUUCAUACAACGAAACUGGAGCAGACCCUGGUCCUUCCAUCAGCCGUCGUGUCACUCACACUGCACAGCGAUAGUGGUCUUCUUGCAGUGAUCUGUGAUGACCUCAUCGUCCGUAUCAUUGAUAUCGAGACAAGAAGAGUGGUCCGAGAGCUAGGCGGAUUCCGGGGCAGAGUCCUAGAUGUUACCUUCUCGCCAGAUGCAAGAUGGUUGCUCACUACGUCGCUGGAUUCCAUCAUCAGAACAUUCGAUGUGCCUACUGGUCGCUUGAUCGACGCUUUCCGGACGUCCAGCGUGGCUACUAGUAUCACCUUCUCGCCGACAAAUGAUUUCCUCGCUACCUCUCAUGUUGACAGUGUAGGCGUGUACCUUUGGGCGAAUAGAGCGCAGUAUGCGGACAUAACAUUCCAGGGCAUUGCCGAGGAUGAAGUCGCUACCAUGGCAUUGCCUUCGGUGCAAGGAGAAGCUGAGGACGAAGCACUCGAAGCAUUGUCAUCAUUGACUGUUCAAGAAAAACCGACGGACGUGUUUAUUACGCCAGCACAGCUGGAUGAUGACCUUGUUACUCUCACGCUACUCCCGCGAGCAAGAUGGCAGACCCUACUAAAUCUCGAGGUCAUUCAGCAACGUAACAAACCAAAAGAACCUCCAAAACCUCCUGAGCAAGCACCUUUCUUCUUGCCUACACUGCCCGGAGUUGAGACCCGAUUCGCAAUCGAUCAAUCAAAACCGGAAGAAAGCAAGAAGGAAACGAAGAGACUACAAAAGACUGCGGCAUCGUCUGAAAGCGUCUUCUAUAAGAAGCUCGUGGCGGAGGAUCCUGAUGGUAUCUACGAGGACUUCUACAAUUACCUCAAAGCCAUCUCCCCAGCAGCUGUCGAUCUUGAGAUCCGUUCUCUCGCCUCAUUGGAUUCCAUGCGGCGAUUCCUCACCUCACUCAUCCAGAGACUACGGUCACAUAGAGACUUCGAAGCGGUUCAAGCCUUCCAAGCUGUCUUCCUUCGAAUACAUGGCGAUGUGUUGAUUGCCAACGAGGAGCUCCGAGAGGAGUUGCUCACGCUGCAGGCAGUACAGAAGACGGAGAGUGAAAGGCUUAUUGACCUCCUUUCUUCGUCGCUAGGUACUUUGGGCUUCGUAAGAGAUACUAUGUGAUCUGCUGUAGUUGUAUAUUGUAGGAAACGGUGUUCUAUUCAUCUUGCAUGGGAUGUUCAUAUACGCUUGCGCGACAGGCAAGGCAUUAUAAAUAUUCACAUUCUUGUAUUUCCCUAAACGACCUGCCAUAGGUUAAGCGUGAAUAACGCUCCCCGUCAACACGUCAUGUACCAGAUGCAGCCUAAACAGAGAUGUUGCUGGAUACCGACGACGAAAUAGUACGUAGAUGACGGAUAGUGCGCCCAAGCCUGUGUACAUAAAUAUUCGGACGUGUUUAGCCAAUGCGAAAG